AAUAUUAAAAUCAUCUAACAAUAACACUGUAGAUGAUCAUUUAUAUAAUUUUAGAUAACACAAUUUUAGUAAACACUCGACGGGACGAGAGACGCGAUAAGGUGUUCCUGACGAAGGAAACUGAUUAACCCACGCGUUUAUCGUUCUCGGUUUCCGCCUAGAGUCCGCUUUCUGGAAUAAAUUAUGACCGCGUUUUUUAUUUCUUGUCUCUCUUCUUCCGAAAGUGCGAAAGAGAAUCCUCCAAGAGAACUAUAAUCCGUUAUUAAUUCCCACGACAAGAUUCAUCAUCGUGUGUACAGAUGUCUUUCCUCGAACCACAAUACGUGCUGAUUCAGGGUCUUAAGAAGGCACACAUAUGGACUAACCAUAAUAUUAUUAGCUCCUGAGGUUGCGCGAGACAAAACACGUUCGUGAAGGAUCCAGCUCAUGAGAAACCGAUUUCUCCGCGAAACAUAUUUCGUCAUUUCUCACAGGAGAAUAUACGCGACACGUGAAUAGCAAAAGAUGCACCAGUAAACCCGAGAAGAUAGGAAGAUAUCGCGAAACUACGCAGAUACGUGUGUGAUUUAAAACGUGACGUUUUUAUUUAAGCACGUAUAGCGGACUUGGAAAUGGAGACAGAUAGAAACAGGUUUCAAUGAAAGAAAGUUGUGAAACAGAUCUUUGACUCUCGAUAAGGAAGAGUGCUUUCGUUCUCGAAUAGUGAGUUCGGCUUUUGAUUUGGAGCAAGAAGCAGCUCGCGAUUCAGGAGAGGCAGAGGAAACGACGGAACAGCCGACACAUGUAGCAUUCGGGUAUCGGUAUAAUGAAGCCGUCCAUGAAGAUGGGAGUGAUCGCUUUGAUAGGGAUCUGCGUAGUUUUUUAUCAGUAUCACCUGUCCACCGGCGUUACUUUCGACCAAGUAACGGCCUUCAAUGCAGACACUUCCGCGGAAGACGCCGAUCUACCGAUCGGCGAAGAGGGCGAUAACUACAGCAAAACCCCGAGAAUCUCCGAGGACACGAUUCGGUAUGCCGUGUACCGAGUACAAAUUAUGAACGGCCUGAGUCCGGAGAUCAGCUCGAUGCUCGUGCAAGAGCUUAUCAAUCAGUUAAGCAAAAACGUCACGAUGGCCUCCAGAAAUAAUUCCAAGCUUUCGCCUUCGCAAUUGCAACAACCGACCGCGACGGUGGAGCAUAAGACGGUAACACUGUCGAGUCCUUCCGAAGAAUUCUCCGAGGAGACCCUCUUUAUUAUCACGCCGACAUAUCGAAGACCCGAACAGAUUCCCGAACUCACGAGAAUGGCGCAUACUUUGAUGUUGGUCAAGAAUGUGCACUGGCUUGUUAUCGAGGAUGCUACCGUUGCUACCAAGCAAGUUACCAAAUUAUUGGAACGAACGGGCUUAAAGUUCGAUCAUUUAAUCGCACCGAUGCCGGAGAAAUAUAAACUCAAGAAAGGUGCGAAACCACGAGGAGUGUCCAACAGAAAUCGUGGUUUGCAGUGGAUCAGGGCGAACGCCACGAGAGGCGUCUUCUACUUCGCCGACGACGACAAUACUUACGAUAUUGAGCUUUUCGACGAGAUCCGCAAGACGAAGACGGUGUCGAUGUUCCCGGUGGGGCUGUGCACCAAGUUCGGGCUGAGCUCGCCCAUUCUGAAGAACGGCAAGUUCGCCGGGUUCUAUGACGGCUGGGUGGCCGGGCGGAAGUUCCCGGUGGACAUGGCCGGCUUCGCCGUGAAUGUCAGGUUCCUGCAUCUGCGACCCAACGCCAGUAUGCCGUUUCGCGCGGGUUACGAGGAGGACGGCUUCCUGAAGAGCCUAGCGCCGUUCGAGCCGCGGGACGCCCAGCUCCUGGCGGACAACUGCACCAAGGUGCUUGCCUGGCACACGCAGACAAAGAAGAACGAGCCCAGCGCGUCGUUGGACACGAAGCUGUACGGCUCGACGAAUCUGGUUAAGCUGAAGCAGCAGAUAGUAUGAUGUCGGUCGGAGGAAAGUGAAACGCGAGGACUCGAAUCUGAAUCUUGUGUGAUCCCGCCGCCCCUCCUUCGCACUAGUUCAUCGGAUAUCACACCCCAAGGGAAGUCCUAGGUGCGGAAAACUGUGCGAUUCAGUGCCUAAUGUAUCUGCCCCCUCUCUCUCUCUCUGUGUCGGGGGAGAGUUGGGAUCGUUAUUAAUUACCUUUAAGCGUAGCCGGUAAAACGAUCGUUUUUUUAUCAGCUUUUACACAUCCGCAACAAGUAGGCCCACCCCGAAGACGGUCCGCCCUUAGUUUGAGAAAGGAAAAAUAGGAUCCGCGCGAAGUAACGCUUUAAGAGAGUUCGAGAUCGUUUCUUCUUUCAUUUUAUUUUCUAAUAUUUUGUCUCCGGUUUCGUCUACGUAUAAACGAAAAGAGAAUUUCAUCGUUGGAUACGACGAAUAAUUGACGAAUACGAGACAGUCACCGACUGUUGAAGGUCGUGUGGUUUCGAAUAGUCUCUAACGCGUAUAAUAAAUAUGUAGAUGAACGACCAAAGAAAACAAACGGGUCACUCGCUGUGUAACGCUAACUAAGCUCUUAUUAUCUUUAUUCUACCUGAGGGAUUCGUCCCGCGAGUUCUAUACGAAUAUAUAUAGAUUCUCUAUUCUAAUUCUAUUCUAUUCCAUUAGCAAAGUUCCAUUCCUAAACUUGCUCUUGCUAUGAGAUGUGAGGUCGAAGAUGAUUUGACCAGAGAAAACAAAAAGAGUGAAAAUGUCUGAAGCGAUCAUUCUACUUUCGAGUAAUUUUUUUCACCCCUCAAAUUCACGAGCUGAUCGAUCUUUCAGCUUCAGUGAACCUGAUAACCCGUUCGUUAAUGUAGUUACCACGAUGUUAAACGAUCGUUAGAUCGUCGUCUAAUCCUGCCCCGCCUCUUUACGUGAUUAGCAAGUAUAGAUUAACGAAGUAGAGAGUUAGAACACGUCCCUUAAUAAGAAUUCCUCGUAUCUUCGAGAGAUUAGGAAUAAAAAAUUCAAAGGCUGAAAAUAUACAUAUGAAAAAUCGAAGUUGGUGCUUCAACUUUGUCGAGUGUGAUUAGGAAUUACGGAUUAAGGAAUUAGAAAUUAAUAUUUAUACGAGGACUUCUGAUUAAGAAAAUCUUUUUCGAUAGAUAUUUCCAAGCGAAAAAAAUGCGAAAUGUAUGAGAUGGAUAGAUAUUUUGUUAAAUAUCUUUGAUUUAUGUAUAUAGCUUUCGUUAAAAAUAUUUUCUUAUAUUCUUUAGGAAUCACGAUAAAUCUAAGUAAAGAAAAAUGCAAGAUCCAUAAAACGCGUAACUCAUCAAUUUUUGAUCUGAAUAAAAUUAGAAAAUUUUGAAAAAUUAAUUUGACAUGAAGGAUAUAUUUGUAUUUUACGCAACAAAUAUUAUUUACUAUAAUUAUUCUCGCCUGUAUUUUUGACUGAAUAGGAAUAUUUUUAAUUAUC